AUGGAGCCGUCUGUGCUGAACCUGCACAACCAGUUCCAAAAUCUGCGAGCCCAUGUAGACGUCCUGAAUGAAGGCAUCGAACCGCAGUUCAUCCAGAUGGCAGUGAACUUUGAGGAUUGCCGUAAGAAGUGGCUCCAAGCGGAUGAGGAACUGUGUGCCUUUAAAGAAGUGCUUACUAAGGCAGAGACGGAGAAAAUUGCUCUGGAGGUCAAACUAAAGCAUGCUCGCAAUCAGGUGGACGUUGAAAUUCGACGUCGGCAGAAGGCUGAGGCACAUUAUGAGAAAAUGGAGCAGCAGCUGCAGCUUAUACGCGAGUUGCUGAUCCCAGAGGCCAACAGCAGCGGUAUCCACCUUAGUGAGGAGCAGCGCUCCGCCCUGGCCUUCCUUAGUGCCCACUCCAAGGCAGCGCAGGAUGCCAACAACAACCUCCACUCCAACCGUAGAUUAAAUACUGUUGAUAAAUCAGGCUCUCUGUUGUCAGAUAUCAGCUACGACCAAACAGAUGACUCUCUGGACUGGGACUCUUCUGUGGUGAAUACAGUAAGACUUCGGAAAAGACAGAAAAGACGGUCCUCUAGAAAGCUCUCCGAGGUUCCUCCACAGACUAUGAAGAAACCUCGCUCAACUGGAGCAGACAGAGUGAAUGAGUCCGUUGUAGCCAAAACCACCAUUACUGUCCCUGCAAAUGGUGGUCCUGUUGAGGCUGUCUCCACCAUAGAGACUGUACCCUACUGGACACGUAGCAGAGGCAGGAGUGCAUGGGGUGAUGCAACCACUACUGAUCAAUCUGAGACCACUAGUGAGGCUCACAGUACACCAGCAACACAUUGCCCACCCCGAUUCCGAACCCCUAGAGCAAAUGAGGGAAGAAAGAGUCAUCAGUUUGUUGUGAAAACGGUUAUCAAGUCAGAAAUCUGUGUACCGUGUGGGGGGCGAACCAAGUUUGGGAAGAUGUACCUGCGGUGCCAGGAUUGCAGAUUGGUGGCCCACCCAGAUUGUCGAGAUCGCUGUCCCUUGCCCUGUAACCCUGCUGCUUUUAGCAUCCCCAUCAGACAUACAGAGACCACCCUGGCUGACUUUGCGCCAACUACAUCUCCAAUGAUCCCAGCGUUGGUUAUCGCCUGCAUUAAGGAGAUUGAACAUAGGGGACUACAUGAGGUUGGUCUGUACCGUGUUUCUGGCACUGAGCGCAUGGUCAAAGAGUUAAAAGAGAAGUUGCUCAGAGGAAAGACUCUGCCUCAACUCAGUAAAGUAGAAGAUAUCAAUGUCAUUACUGGUGUCCUAAAAGACUUCCUCAGGAACCUUCCAGAACCCCUGCUGACCUUCCAUCUAAACAAAGCCUUCAUGGCGGCAGCUGAAAUUCCAGAUGAAGACAACAGCCUUGCCAUGCUGUACCAGACCAUCAGUGAGCUGCCUUCGCCCAACCGAGAUACCCUGGCCUGCCUGAUGAUCCAUUUAAAGAAAGUGUCUCAGUCUGUGGAUACCAAGAUGGAUGUGAACAACCUGGCAAGGGUGUUUGGCCCUACUCUGGUGGGCCACGCCAUUCCUGACCCAGACCCUAUGACCAUCCUUAAUGAUACCAGCAGACAGCCAAGGGUGAUAGAGCGCCUACUGAGUAUCCCACAGAGCUACUGGAGCCAGUAUGGCCAGCCCCAUAAUAAAGUAAUGGACGAUGAUCAGCACACUCCAGACUUCGAAGUGAGCAUGUUGGGACCAGUGACCACUCCAGAGCAAAACAUGGUGAAAACCCCCUCCUCCAGCUCGCUGUCCCAGCGCAUGAAGCAGACCCUCUCAAGCACCACCAUAUUUGGGAGCAAGAGUAAACCAUCAGCUACCUCUAAUCGCCGGGUCAAUUUCUUUGCAUCUCCUCAGCUGAAGUAA